AUGGUGAAGAGCAGAGCCGUGCUGACCAACACGGCCACGGUGGUGAUUGCCAUCAUCACGGUUUGUGCCACGCUCCCCGUCGUGGCAGCAAUCAAGACGGUCUCCUACAGCGCUUCUCUAUACAGCAACGUGCUGAUGGUGGUUGUAUUCGCCCUGACGGUCGGCCACCACUCGAACCACUUCAUCGAGUUUGCGUUCGACACUGCAGCCCUAUGCCACAUGGAUCUGGGAAUUGGGCGGCCAAACUUCAAUCCUUCCUGCACGGACUGGUUGACCCUCGUCUACUGGGCUCGUGGAUGCGGAAUGCCGGGGCCUUUAUCGCCGGCACUUUCAAAGCGUGCAUCUCUCGUGGAUGCACCAUCACUCAGGUCAUUCUGCAUCUUCGGUGCAGCCAGCAGCGGCAUGAACGGCCACGCCGCUUGGUUCGAGAAUAUCGACGCCACGGAGUUUGUCAACGCAGACUACUACCUGCACGAGAUCGUGAAGAACCUUGGCGAGUUUCUCGAGGCAGGCUUGAAAAUCGUGCUGAGCGAUAGCAACCCAGCGACGGCUUUCAGCUUUGGUCAGCUUCAGUUCGUCAUCAACAAAGCGAUCCGG